AUGGGCUCUGGGAUCCCCAUUCUCACAUUGGUGCUCAGUCCCCCCAGCAUGAUGCUCAGCCCUCAUCUCCCCUCAGCACCAGAUGCCACCCUGGGAGCAGGCAGGCAGCAGAGAAACUCCCCCCCCAUUAAUUGCGCUGCAUUUCUACCUCCCCUGGGGGCAGGGCAGGAGACGAGGGACCCUGCACCCGGACCAGGAGCAGUGCCGGGGGGAAGUGAAGGGGUUGGGGAGACCAUCCCAGCUGUGCCGGGAAGCUCUGCCAGGGGCCAGAUGUGGCUGGACCCUCCUGCUGCAGAGGAGAAACACCAUGGCAGGCAGCGUUGUCAGCAGCUGGAGCUGAAGGCGGUUUGGGCCCGGCUGGCACAGGCAGAGCAGGACAUAGAAGUCAUCCUGUCCUGCGCACGGCAAAGGGAGGAGCGGCUCCGGGCCCAAGUGGAGGCGCUGAGGAGCCAGAACCUGUUCCUGGUGCUGGCCCUCAAGGCCCAGAGAGAGCAGGACCAGGAUCUGCACAACAGCCCCACGGAGACUCCCAUGGAUAUGGAGGGGAUGGUGGAGGAGUGCUGGCCACCCUGGAGGGGGAGCAUUAGCCCCCGCCAGGAGAUGGAGAUGGGUUCCAAUGAGGACAAGGGGACCCAGACCAACCUGCCCCUGUAUGGAGAGGCCAGCACCCAGGCAGAGGUCCCAGGGCAUGAACACGCCGGCACCCAGACCAGGGCCCUCUGCCAGACUGAGAUGGGGUGCCAGACCGAACCCCUGCCCAUGAUGGAUGCAAGCACCCAGACAAAGGUUUACCAACAUCAAAAAUGA